GCUGCCUUGGGAUAAUCAACUUAUAAUCGUUGGAUACGUCAUGCGUUCACCAGUACACUCCAAAUGGGUAGCCAACCUAGCUCCCAGAAAUGAAGUUUUUUCCAGUUACUACGGGCAGCGCGAGGGCCAAACAUUUGAUACAGGAACGAAUUCCCUGUACACUUUCUGUGAGCGACUGCUGUCUCCGAGAUCGUUUUGCCGUGUCACUUUGGGAAUGAUAUUUUUUGUCACCAUUGCCAGUGUGGCUUUGUGGAUUAACAAGACACCACUUGAGUUGAAGCAGGGCGUACCACUAGAAAAUUUGGGCGAAGUUCAGAGGAGAUCGAAUGUAGAUGCACAGGAAGACGCCGGUGACAACUCGACAGAAGACUACGCAAUGGGUUACAGCUCCUUGUCCAACCAAUCAUUUGCUGCUGUUGUCCGAUCUUUAGCGACGUCCUUACCCGAGAAGAGAAUUGUCAUGACCACAACCAACAAGGGAUUCCUGGAUUUCACCGAAAACAUGUUAAUUAGUAUUCAGAAGGUUGGGAUCCAUCCGGAGGUGGUGGUGAUCGCCGAGGAUGUAGCCGCAUACAAGGCGCUACUCAACCACAGUUACGGGCUGCACGUCUUAAAGCCUCCUGAUUUUACAGAAAUUCCGGACGAAAAGGAUGCUCUUGCAUUCGGCGUGGCGGAUUACGUGAAAUUUAUCAACCGGAGGCCAGGGUACGUGCACGAGUUUAUCCAGCAGGGCUUCGAAGUGUUUUUUGUGGACUCGGACACCUUUUGGUUCAACGACCCCUUUCCGUAUUUCCAAGGCGACCAAUAUGAUGUGGCGUUCAUGAGGGACUCACGUAGAGUUUUCAAUGCCGGCGUGGGUUUCUACCGGCCAACCAACCGUACCGAGUACUUCCUGCGUCUCUGGGUUUGGGUCCUGGACACGCAGCCAAAACUUAGGCAAGACCAGCACGUCCUCAAUUAUAUCCUUUCCUCUAAGAUCAGUCCUGAUCUAAAGGUGAGAUCUCUGGGAUUUCAAAGUUUUCCAACCUGCAAGAUUUUUUACAACUGGGAAAAGGAGACGUGUCGAAAUGCCACAGUGAAAACUGCUGUUUUUCAUGCUGCGUUCGUACCCGAUCAUGUCAACAAAAGAAGAGUCUUCGAAAACUGCAAUCUGUGGUUAGUGAACAAAUAAAAUCGUUCUUACAAAUCGUGCUUCUUAGUCUUCCCACGUCUAAAUUUAACUCCAAAACAAUUUCAUGUCGAAAGAUGCAACUACUUGCAUGUAUGUACUUUAUGCACUAUUUCCAUGUUACAAGGGCACGUUCAACAUCGAUUUAUGCAUGCAAAUACAAUGCUACACUUAAGUGUAUUAUCUAAUCUCUGUUGUAGAAUUAGUCUCGAGGAAUCACACGAACGCGCAUAAGAUAUCUUUUUAAGUCCUUUAUAUUUGAAACUAGCGCUGUAAAACCUAAAAGAUGUGAAAGGGGGUGCAGCUGUGGGUGAAGAAUUGGGACAGAAUUAGAAUUUAAUCUGAAAUAUUCAGCAUUCAGGCAAGCUGUUCGCCAACAAAGACAUUAAUAGUACAUUCCUUUAAAAUUUUCUCCACUGAACUAUUUUAGACUAAGGAUUCUUAUACAUUAUAACCAGGCACGCCAUUUUGAUCUAUAUAUCGGAAAUUUUAACGUAAAAGUCAGUAAGUCUGUUAAUGUAAUUUGCAAUGUUUUGAUGGAAACGGUGUUAAUGUUAUUUGUUUAUACAUCAAGCUGGAGCAUUCAUUUAUUGGUGGCACUCGCAAAUAUAAAAUAUCAUGGAACUUACAUGCCAGUAGCAUUUGAGUUAAAUUGAUCGAUCUGUUCAAGUGAUCAUAAAUUUUUGGCGUAUAGUGACUGACCUAAUUGCGAGAAAAACUCCAGAAAGCAAACCUUCAGAGAAGUCAAAAUUCAUUUGUCUCACAAAUUACAACAGUCCUCUCACUUAGGUAAUUAAAAACAAAUUGCUCGUCCGGCAAAUUUUACCAUCGUAAUUGUUUUUGUUUCACUGUUGUUAUAAACCCAUUUUUUAAAUGACCUUUUCUGCUUCACUUUUAUUGCGGAAUAAAAGAACUGUGUAUUGUCUUUCUAUUUCAA